UUCGCGUUGUGAAAAAAAAAAAAAAAACACACCACCGUGCCUUUAUAGGAGCUUCACUGUGCCGCCACAAAGUGCUCUCGACUCCCAACAAAUGGAGGAGGAACUAAAGAACAAUCCCAUAACCAACUCCCAGAACGGCGUCGUUGUGGACGACGAAGACGACGAUAAGCCGACGCUGAGCUCGGAAACCUUGGCGGCCCUGAAAGAGUUCCUGGCGGAGCAGAACGGGCCUCCGGUCAAUGCUGAGCCCGAGGAGAAGGAGAAAGAGGUGGCCUUGGUGACGGAGGAUUGGAGGCUGAGCCAGUUCUGGUACGACCGAGACACCGCCGAGACCGUUGCUCACGAAGUCCUCACUCUCAGCCAACCCUCUCAAUCUCAAUCUGAUUUUCGCGUCGCUUGCAUAGCUUGCCCCACCCUCUAUGCCUAUCUCAAGAAUUUUAAUCAUGAUAUCUCGGUGCAACUUCUUGAGUAUGACAAACGAUUUGAGCAAUAUGGAAAUGAGUUCACUUUUUAUGAUUACAACCAACCAGAAGAGUUGCCGUUGGAAAUGAAGCGCGCUUUCCAUGUUGUAGUUGCGGAUCCUCCUUACUUGAGUAAGGAGUGUUUGGAGAAAGUCACUCAAACAAUUUCUUUUCUUUCACGACCAGGAGAAUCUUACUUGCUUCUACUCACAGGAGAGGUGCAGAGAGAUAGAGCUGCUGAGCUUAUGAGCUUGCGUCCAUGUGGUUUUAGGCCUCGGCACUCUAGCAAACUUGGAAAUGAGUUCCGGCUGUUCACAAACUAUGACCCUGGAAAUAGAUUAGGAGGGUGGGAGCAAGAGGAUUAGGAGCAAUUCCUUUCCACAUGAUCCUAAACUUUUUUCUUGGCGGGUGAUUAAAGAACCUUUCCUGCCAAGAGGAUUGCCACGGCCAGAAGGUAUCAGUACCUGGCCUGCAAUGAAAGUGAAUAUCAGGCUACAAGAUGAUAUAAAUGAUAUAUUCAAAUUCAUCGAGCAUAUUUUCAACUCUUUGUUGUUGGUGUUGUUGUUGCUUUUGAUUUCUUGCUUUGUUUUGUUUUGUUCAAGUAGUACAACCCCUUCCAAAAAUUGAUUGCAAUGUUGGACCUGUAAAUUAUGCCUAUACGAGAAUUCAGAGGAUGGAAUUUGUUCUAUUCGGGUUCUUUUUAUUAUAUUGACUCUUUUAUUUUUUAUUUAUAA